AUGACACGAGAGCAGUACAUAUUAGCAACACAGCAGAACAGCCUUCCAAGGACUGAGCAUCCCCAGUUUUACCCAGUAGGGAUUUAUGGAUGGCGAAAGAGGUGCUUAUACUUCUUUGUCCUUCUGCUGUUGGUUACCAUGAUUGUUAAUUUAGCAAUGACAAUAUGGAUUUUGAAGGUUAUGAAUUUCACAGUGGAUGGAAUGGGAAAUUUGAGAGUCACUAAAAAAGGAAUACGACUUGAAGGAAUAUCUGAAUUUCUACUUCCACUAUAUGUGAAAGAAAUCCAUUCCCGAAAGGAUAGCCCACUGGUCUUACAGUCUGACAGAAAUGUAACAGUGAAUGCAAGAAAUCACAUGGGACAGUUAACUGGACAACUGACAGUAGGAGCUGAUGCUGUGGAAGCUCAGUGUAAGAGAUUUGAAGUGAGAGCAAGUGAUGGUGGCAAAGUAUUGUUUUCUGCAGAUGAAGAUGAGAUUGUCAUUGGAGCAGACAGACUGAAAGUAACAGGCACGGAAGGGGCAGUGUUUGGGCACUCUGUGGAGACACCCCAUAUCAGAGCAGAACCUUCCCAAGACCUCAAACUUGAAUCUCCUACUAGAUCUUUGGUGAUGGAAGCACCCAGAGGAGUGCAAGUCAAUGCAGCUGCAGGAGAUUUAAAGGCUACCUGUAGGAAAGAACUGCACUUACAGUCCACAGAAGGGGAGAUAUUUUUAGACGCAGAUACAAUCCGCCUGGGAAAUCUCCCAGUGGGGUCCUUUUCAUCCUCCUCCUCCUCCUCCUCCUCCUCUCCCAGCUCUUCAGCUCCUCGCCAGACUAUCUAUGAGCUCUGCGCCUGUCCCAAUGGCAAGCUCUACCUGUCCCCAGCAGGAGCAGGCUCCACAUGCCAAUCCAGUAGCAACAUCUGCUUGUGGAGCUAGAAGGACUCCGUUCCGUCCUCACACCAGAAUAGCCUUUUGUUCCCAUCCCUCUGCUUCACGGUUCAGCACGUUGGGCGCUUCAAACAGCAGAGCAACUUCUUCCACUGACAGCAGGGACACAGAGCUGCCUUCCCCGGGGGCUUGUGCUGCCACUCAACGCUGAGAUGGGAGAGAGACAUCCAGAACUCAAUGUGUUCUUCAUCAGGAAACCUAGAACAUGGAAUCACCUUUUUUUCCAAAAGGGACAACAACACAGGUGCCUUUGCUACUUGAAGUGAAGCACAUAGUUUUAGAUUUUUGCAGGACCUGGAUAUGAACUGCACAUGAAUAUAUAUCUAGAGAGAGAGAGAGUACAUGAUUUUACUCACAAUCUGAUGGCGAAAUGAAUUGGUUCCCCCUGUAUGAUAAAUAACUUUACUGUCUGAAAGCACAAUUUUCCAUUCAUCUUUUUGGAUGUAAACUUUUAUCCCUGAAUUUUAAAAUUUUAAAGCAUUGUGUGAUGCUUGCUUUACUAAACAAAUUCAGUAAAUGGUUUUUAAUACAAAAAGAGACAGAAUUCCUCCCUGAGUUUGGUUUCUUUAAAAAUGUGUUGUUACUAUUUGUCUACUAAGUCUAGGGUUUUGUACGCUAGGUAAAAUUUGGAAGUGCUCAGCAAUAUUACUUUAAAAGUUAAAAGACAUGCUCUUGUUUGUCAGAUCUGAAUGACCUUAUAUAAUGUUUUUGUGGCCAUUGCAUGUGAAGCAAUUGCUUUAAGUAGAACAUACAGUUUCUGGAAAAGAACAGGGUAAAGAAGGGAAUUCUGAUGAUGUGUUUGUUGAUCAGUGUAUUGCACUUCACAAGGUUCUUAUAAUUGGCAAAUACAAAACCAAGAGAGAAAUCUUCAAAGGUGUAUCUUGCCCAUUUUCUGACUAUGUCUUACUGCUGCCACUUGAACACAGUACAAACUCUGGUAGUAAUGUAAGGUGUGACACUGAGAAGCAGUGCACUAACAACCUGUAUGACAUUCACAUUUAUUAUUCUCUUUUGUUUACCACCUGCUGCUGAGGUUUCAAAGUAAUAGUAGUAUAUAUAAAACCACAUAUUAAAUGACACUCAGUAUUAAAAAGUACAUCAAUAUUACAUUACCUUUACCAGGUCUGUGUUUAAAUCAUGCAGCCACAUUUGCACUCAGAUCUCGCUACUGACUUUCUUUUUUGACAAGUUUCAUGUGGGAUUUCUUUCUUGUGUCAAUGCUCAUACUUAUGUGUCUUGGUUGGUAAUUGAAAUCGUAUAAAAAAUGCUUUGGUAUGCUGCUGGUAAAUUUGUCACAGCAUGGAUUAACAAGAGUAUCUUGAAACUUGCAGAACCCAGGAAACUAAAACAGUAUAAAAGUGUUUUCUAUUGUGGAAGAUGGCUUGAUUGUGUGAG